CCAGCCCCGCUUUAUGGAGUCCAACGUUUUUCUCGCUCUUGACCGCGACAUGAACAGUGCCAGAAGUAGAGAAUCGCCGGUUACUCCAUCAAUUUGAGCUUGUUUUGCUACAAAUAUUUGGAAAUCAGGGUCGCCUACAGCGGGGGAUUCCAUAUAUGAGCUUUGUACGCUGUUUUUGGAGAUGGUUUUUGAAGAAUCGAAAGGUCAACGCGAUGGCGUCACUUUUCAUCUGCGAACUCAAUCGUAGAUUUAUGGUGUCUCGGGAAAAUUUGAAGGUCUUCCUUCUUGGAUUCUCAGCGAAAUGGUUAAUUUUUCCAAGGGUGAAUACGUUCCGGAUCCGUUCAUCACAUUUGAGGCUACUGGUUUUCCUCCAAAAAUACUCAGAGAUGUGCGAUAUCUGCUCCGGAGGAGGAGCACAUGUCGUACGUUGUAUUGCUAUGAAAUGCUCAUACACUUCCACAACCAGCAUAUUGAGUUUUUUGAGGCUGCAAAGUGGAUAGUUGAAGCCUCAUGCAUAGCUUCUUGAAGCUUUGUUUUGCUGGAUUCACUUCUCCCACACCAAUCCAAGCACUAGUGUUGAUUUUGACUAUCAUUGAUACAUCCUGCUUAUAGACCAUAGGUAGAAGCAUGACAUUGCGUUUAUAUAUUGAUUUUUGAAUUUUAAGUGUUGAUUUUGACUAAAAUCUAAACUGAAUUAUUUUUUAUUUAGAAAAAAUCUGCAGCUUUGCUUGAUUCCUAAGCUGAAUUAUGAACUUCAAUUGUUAAAUAGAUGCAUAUGAACUACUUUGGAGGUAUUAGGUAGCAAAUAACUCCAAAAAGUUUCAAGUAUUUUUGUUAUGAACUCUUUCUUCUUAUCAACAAAUAUUAAUUAUUUAAUGGUAUGCAGAUUGAGGACUAAAGUGGAGGCUUUACAAGGAAAUGUUGCUAGAGCAAGAGAUGUAUUCAAAAAUGUUAUUGAGGGGACAAAUAACUAAAUUAGGCAUGCUGAAUGGAUAAUUAGAGUGUGAUUUUAAUUAUGUAAAUAUUAAAUUAUUGGAUGCUAU